AUGGGAGGAAUACCUGAGCCACCGGGAAGAAGAGACAUGAAUUUAAAUGACUUUGUGGUGCUUCCUAACAACAAGGCCAAAUCUGUCAAGCUCAAUGCCAGGAACCUGCAAAAACUGCAAAUGGAGACUGUGACCCUGUCUAAUGAGAGUAAAGAGAUGGAGGAGAAACUGCGACAACUGAAAGACAGCAUGAGCAAAGAGAAGGAAGAGAGAGGACAAUCAAGAAGGUUUAGAUGGAUGUCUGGACAAUGUGGUUCUUUAAGCAGCAAUUCUCCGACUAACAGCUCUAUGAAGAACAUGGAGAACAAACUCCAAAAGCUGUCAGCAGGCAAACUGAAGAUUCGAGUGUUGAAGGACGAACCACCGACAGCCUCACCUCUAUCACCACCUCCGCUUCAACUCUCCACCAGUGGUCUUCGAAGAAAAAACAGACUGAAGGGAACAAUCUGUGGACAGUGUGAAGUCAAGACAGCUGGACUAAUGUGUGCUGAAUGUACCGAGAACUACUGCAUUGGUUGCUUUGCCAAAUUUCACCAGAAGGGGGCACUGAAGCUCCACAGCAUGAUCCCCAUUCAGACAGACUUACAGACCCAUGUGAACACUCGAGAUGUUGUCAACUGCUUCCAGAGGCAGAUUAACCCCAGCUCCCAUCCCGGUACCUUUACAAGUCCUAAUCCCAGUCCCAGUGCCACCCUGAAUUCCAAUCACAUUAUCACAUCCAACGCAAUUACCAGAGGAGGAAGAGAUGAGAGCCCAGAAAAAGGAACAGAGGUUGGGGAUAAACAUAUGAAAUUGCACCGUGACUGCAGCCAGGUGUUGGUUGUGAAUCAUGGAGAGGAGAAAACGAUGGUGGGAAGAUUUGAAGAUGAUAAUAAAGGAUUCCCAUCCCCUCUUCUCAUUGGGGAAUAUAAUGAGGAGGAGUCUGCAAGCUCUUUCCAGGAGGCUCUCAGACAGUGGAGAGGGGAGAAGAGCGAUGGAGGAGAGGAAGAACCCAGGACAAAUGUGUUGUGGAUACCUGUCCGACCAGUAUCAGUGUCAGCUAUGGCGACCCAGGCUGACCUCCCUCCAGACAGAGAAGCUGAAGGACAAAGAAAAGAAGGGAGAGAAGAGAGGCUACCUGUCAAGGUGGAGUUCAAAGAAAACAGCCUUACCCACUUGGACAGAUUACGCCUCAAGAAGCACCGCAGAACACCAACUGAAACUUAUCCUCUAGUGACCUUUGGCACAGAUUUAAAAUCACAACCUACUACAAACACUGAGGAGGAGACUGCAAACAACCUAACCGCUGAGGAAGAAGAUUUUCGUCGCUACUAUGCAACACUGUUCACUGCUCCUGUCAGCAGGGGCAGGACUGAGCCACAGAUUACUACACCUGAAUCGUGCCUUGUCAUACAAGUCCUGGAUGAGACAUGCAGGGACAUGAAGGAAAUCUGCGCUGCGGAACAGAAGACGGACAACAACAGAGGGGUCCCCUCUGUUCGGCAGAUUUCUGGGAAACGAAAUACGGUGGAGUCCCAAACAGCCCUCUACAAAAGUGGGUCCUCCAGAGUCAGCCACUCUUCUCCUGGUCUGACAGAACCAUCCAGACAGUCUAAACCACAACCCAAAACAGCUCAGAAGCUCCAUUCAUCCAAACCUCAGACUUCACAAGCAGAACGCAUAUCCACACCCAUCACCAAAAUCCCUAGAACCAAGUCCAUCACAGAUAACCCUUACACCAUAUGA